ACUAUUCAAUUCAAAAAUCCUUCUUUUUUGUUUUUGGUAGACACUAUUCAAUAUCUGAUGUCAAAAGGGCUUACACUGUAUGCAGCACUUGCAAUUGAUUCCAUCUGGGAAUAUGGUUAGUAUAAGUCUCUCUGCUUGAUUCUUUGUGGGUGGUGCUUCCUUGGGCAAUUGGGUUUUCAAAUCUGCGUUCUUCUUGACUGGUUGAUGGGUUUCAACUGCAACUGAGAGUGGUUUUGGGAGCUGGGUUUCUGGUUUGAUGAUGAGCACGGCUUCUGCUUGGUGUCCAUAUGGACUAAAUGCUGCUCCUGAGCAUGGAGCGUUACGGGAUUUGGUUCUUCCCAAAAUGGAGUUCUCAAGGUUUCACUAUCCUUCGAAAGGGGAAGUUCUCAGACCGAGCCUGUACUCAAUGUCUGUUUCAACCAUUAACUCAUCUAAGGGAUGGGUAGGUUCUAUUACUGCUUUACCUGAAGUUGGUGAUUUCUUCUGGGAGAAGGCCCCAACCCCCAUUCUUGAUAUGGUUGAUGUACCAAUUCACUUGAAGAACUUGUCUCCUAAGGAACUGAAACAAUUAGCUGAUGAGAUCCGUUCAGAGUUGUCUUUCAUGAUGUCUAAAUCAAGAAAGCCUUUUAAAGCCAGUCUAGCAGUGGUGGAGCUGACAGUCGCAAUUCACCAUGUUUUUUAUGCUCCCAUGGACAAAAUAUUAUGGGAUGAUGGUGAACAGCAGUCUUAUGCACAUAAGAUUCUUACGGGAAGGCGGUCCCUGAUGCAUACACUGAGACAGAAGAAUGGUCUUUCGGGGUUUACAUCUCGCUCUGAGAGUGAAUAUGACCCAUUUGGUGCUGGACAUGGAUGCAAUAGUGUCUCUGCUGGACUGGGAAUGGCUGUUGCACGAGAUAUUAAAGGGAAACGGGAUCAUAUAGUGACAGUGAUCACCAACCAGACCAUUAUGGCUGGUCAGAUAUAUGAGGCAAUGAUCAAUGCUGGGUAUCUGGAUUCUAACAUGGUUGUGAUCCUAAAUGACAGCCAUCACUCUUUACACCCAAAGCUAGAGGAGGGCCCCAAGACAGAGAUAAAUGCUUUGUCUAGUACUCUAAGCAAGCUCCAGUCCAGUAAAUCCUUUCGGAAAUUGAGAGAAGCUGCUAAGGGUGUUACUAAGAGAAUCGGAAAGGGUAUGCAUGAAUUGGCAGCCAAAGUUGAUGAAUAUGCACGUGGUAUGAUGGGUCCGCUAGGAUCAACUCUAUUUGAAGAGCUUGGGUUGUAUUAUAUUGGCCCAGUUGAUGGCCACAAUAUGGAAGAUUUAAUUUCAGUUCUCCAGGAAGUGGCUUCUUUGGAUUCAACAGGACCUGUAUUGGUUCAUGUGAUAACAGAGGAAGAUCAGGGGCUGAAAGAUGACCCAAUAAGUGAAAUAGCAGUUAAACAUCAAGAAGGUACUUGUAGGGUGGAUCCAUUACCCUCUUAUCCAAAGCUGUCAGGCAGUAGUCUGUCUAGGACAUACAGUGAUUGCUUUGCGGAAGCUUUGGUUCUGGAGGCCAAGAGGGACAACAAUGUUGUGGCCAUUCAUGCAGGGAUGGAAAUGGAUCUAUCACUCCAACUAUUCAAGGCAAGAUUCCCGGACAAAUUUUUUGAUGUGGGGAUGGCUGAGCAACAUGCUAUCACAUUUUCUGCUGGUUUGUCAUGUGGGGGAUUGAAGCCUUUCUGUAUAAUUCCCUCCACUUUUUUACAGAGGGCGUUUGAUCAGGUUGUACAUGAUGUGGAUAGACAAAAAAUUCCAGUGCGGUUUGUGAUCACAAGUGCCGGACUGGUGGGCUCUGAUGGCCCCUUGCACUGUGGAGCAUUUGACAUAACAUUCAUGUCGUGCUUGCCAAACAUGGUAGUUAUGGCACCUUCAGAUCAGAAUGAGCUUGCUCACAUGGUGGCCACUGCUGCUCAGAUUGAUGACAGGCCUGUUUGCUUCCGUUACCCAAGAGGUGCUACUACUGGACUGAACAGCAGUGUCUGCAAUGGGGUAGCCCUUGAGAUUGGGAAAGGGAGAGUUCUUUGCCAGGGUAAAGAUGUUGCAUUGCUUGGGUAUGGUGCGAUGGUUCAGAACUGCCUUAAGGCACACUCUCUUCUAACCAGCCUUGGCAUUGUUGUGACCGUCGCUGAUGCAAGGUUCUGCAAGCCACUUGACAUCAAGCUUGUCAGGCAACUUUCUGAGGAUCAUGCCUUUUUAAUCACCGUUGAGGAAGGCUCUGUUGGAGGAUUUGGGUCCCAUGUUGCCCAAUUCAUAGCUCUUGAUGGACAGCUUGAUGGAAGAGUUAAGUGGCGUCCAAUUAUUUUACCGGAUAACUACAUAGAACAUGGAACUCCAAAGGAACAACUUGCUCUUGCAGGCCUGACUGGCCAUCACAUCGCUGCCACAGCAUUGAGCUUGCUAGGUCGCACACGUGAUGCGCUGUUGUUGAUGCGCUAGAAAGGGGCACUGAGCUCAUUGCCAACUUAUUGUUGAACAAUGAGAAGAUUAUGCUAGAACAGCUCCCACCUUUGAGGAUGGCCAUCAGAUUUCCAUAUUCCUUCUGUGCAUAGAGUUGGGUUCUACACAAGAAGUGGUAUGGCUCACUGAACUUCCCUCGAGUUUGUAUAUGUAACAUUGAUUUGUAAUAUAUGUCUGGCUGAAUUUUUGGCUAAAUCAAUGUUAGUUUUUAUCAUUCAAAAGCCAAAAAAAAAUUUUUGUAAGAGGAAAAGAGAAGGCAAAUUUGAAAAUAUCUCAA